AGUCACUAGGCCAAAGGCCCACCUUGGUGCCACCCAAACUGAAGGCCCUCGUCACCGGUCACUUCUGAAAGUCGACACCACACCAAACACUCGCCAACUAAACUCAAACUCGAAUAAAAACCCAGCCUUGCGCCACAGCGCAUGGCUUCCUUUUCACUCUCAUUCCUCUUCUCCACUUCUCGUCUCCGAUUCGUCUCCUCCGAAUAUUCGCCCACUCUCCACGCCACCCCAUUAUCUUCCUCACCAUCACUACUACUCUCUCCUCCUUCGAGACCCAUUCUCUCUCUCUUCACCGCAUCGAGGAGAGAGAAACUCUGUUGCAGAGCGGUGUCGUCGUCGGCGUCGGCGGCGGCUCGGAUGGCUGCGGAGAAGAAGGUUCAGGUGUUCGAUACCAAGGAUGAUCUGGCGGCGGAUUUGGCCAAGUACACCGCCGAUCUCUCCGACAAGUUUACUAAAGAGAGAGGCGCUUUCACCGUUGUUUUGUCCGGCGGAUCUCUCAUCGAUUACCUCAGGACUCGCUUUGAUUUUGAUUCUUUGAUUCCGAUUUCUGCGUUUUUCACUACUCUAGCUUUGUAUAUCCCUGAUAAUCUGGCUUGUUUAGCUUAG